GCUCUAUCCAGUAUCCUCAAGUCCAAUUCUCAGACUCCCGGCCAGAGCCACCUCAGAAAGAAGCGCCAACUUGUAGACUGAGAAGCUUUGCAGAGCAGCUUUCAGAACGAGACAGCUCAAGUUCUUUGAGCGCUGUGUGUCUUUUCGUUUUUCCUACUUCCAUCCUCUUGUCAUUUGCAACUUAUUCACUUCAGUAGCGCGCUGGCAAGUACUCUUCCAGCCAAAUCAACAAGCCCCUUCAUCGCACUUCUAGCUCCUUGAGCUUCCGCCUUCUACUAUACAGCAGCGCCGUAAUUCAUUCUCUUUCUUUGAGGACUCCCAGCAAUGGCUACUACUAUCGCCGUACUGUCUGCUGUCAGCACCCCCGCAGCAUUUGUUGGACGAACACUCAGUUCCGAGAGCAGCCGCCCACGCCUGGCCAGCUCCUUCAAUGGCCGCCAGCUGGCGCUUCCACGGUCAGCGGUCCAGAAGGCGACUGCGCAGAAGCAGGCUGCUGCUGGUCCACGUGCUUUCCUCGGCGGCCCUUGCGGUCCCCGCGGCGCUCGUUACGGCGGCCGCGGAUUCUAUGGACGCCGCGGGGGGUUCCCAUGCGGGCCUCAGGGCGUGGUAGUCGUUCCAGUACCCGGCCUCGGCACUUGGCCCGACUACUCCCCACCAGACCCCGAGCAGUUUGAGGAGUAUCAGAAGCGCCAGAAGGAGGCCUACGAGCAGCGCCGGGCCGCGUACGAGGAGCGCCGCGCCGCGAUGGCCGAGGAGGCGCAGAAGCGGCGCGAGCUGCGCGAAAAGCAGGCCGAGUUCUUCCGAAAGCAGCAGGAGGAGCUCGCGGCGGAGCGCGAGAAGUGGCGGAACGACUACUGGAACCGGGGCCAGAGCGCGCAGACUCAGACGACCGAAGAGAAGAGAGCUGAGACGCCAACGCAGGAGUCGGCGGCUGAGAGUGUGAAGGAGAAGACGACCCCGGAAACAAAGGAGCCGGAGGCUCCCCCCAAGUACCCCCAGAGCGACACCCCGGUCCUCCAUCUGCGCAACGAGGCGAACGGGGCUGACCUCACCAUCGUCGGCACCGCGCACUCGUCGGAGGCGAGCGUUGACGCCGUGCGUCGGACCAUCCGGGAGGAGCAACCGGGCGCUGUCCUAGUGCAGCUGGACCGGAAGCGCUACAACCGACUGACCGCCGCCAGCCCGGAGCAGGCCUUCUUUGAGGAUAUGCUGCGGGCGUUUAUGGGACCGGUUGGCGGUAUGGUCGGGGCGGGGUUCCUCGGCUUCUACGGGAUGCUAGCGUACCGGGGAAUGAACGUUGGGAGGGAGCAGAAGGUCGCCAUUCAGGAGGCGCGGCGCGCAGGCGCCAAGAUCAUCCUCGGCGACCGCGCGACCGACGAGACGAUGCGCCGCGUCGAGGCCGCCAUGUCUCCGGCCGCCAUCCAGAACUUCUUCGCGCAGCCGUUCCCGCGCGAGAUUCUGGAUGACGUCACCCGGGAGAUGGGCGGCGGCUCGUGGGGCGCCGCGUGGGGCGUGGUCGGCGGCGGGCCGGUCACGAUGACGUGGGGCGACGCGCUGCGCGACCGGCGCGUGGUGCGCAAGCUGAACGCGUACAUGGCGCGCGCGGCGCCGGAGCUGUACAAGGUUCUGGUGGAGGAGCGCACGGCCGCGCUCGUGCGCGCGCUGCGUCACUGCGAGGGCAAGACCGUAGCCGUCGUCGAUAUGAGCCACCUGGACGGCAUCGAGCAGGCCUGGCAGCAGCUCAACGAGACCGCGCGCACCGACAGAGAGGCGGAGGUUGCCGCGGCAGAGAGCGCGAACGCGGCCGCGGAGGUGCCGAAGGCCGAGGAGAAGGCCGAGGAGAAGGCUGAGGAGAAGGCUGACGUGGUCGACGUUGACGUCAUCGACGCCGUCAGCAGCGAAGAGGAGGCGCCGAGCAGCGAGGAAGAGGCGCCGAGUAGCAAGGAGGAGCCGCGCCUGGCUGACCUGUACUCUGACGUCAUUGACGGCGUCACGGGUGACGAGGCUGAGAUUGCAGAAGGUCAGGAGAGCACCUCCGACGCUGACGUCAUCGACGGCGUGACCGAGGAGGGGCAGACGGACGCAUCUGGAGCGGUGGCUUCAGCGGAGGCGGAGGCGGCCGCGCCGACCGCGCGCGCAGAGGGCGCAGAGGAGCAGUCCGAGAAGACAGCUGAUGAGAGCUCGUCAGACGCCUCCGCAGAGAAGCGAUCUGAUGCCGGUGAAAAGCGCGAGCCGGAGAAGCCGCAGGAGAGCUAAUAGUAGGAUUCGAUUUGUAAAUACGAAGUUGUAAAGCUUAGUCAAAUUUGUGAAUCAUAGUGGUAAGGGUAGCGCCGCCAGGUUCGAUACGUUGUCAUAGAUAUUGAAACGCUAUUGAAAUAGGCGAGGUGUAAAAAGGCAUUGUUGUGACAUACAGCGGGUAAAACAUGAGUGGACAAACCACAUAUUAAAAAAGCUAGAUGAAAUCAAGGCUUGCUGAAGAGCUUUACGUAUAGAAGUCUGUACGUUAUUGAGACUCAUAUUCUACCAUUCAUUGCCUGUUGAUUGACUCACUUGCACGUUGCGGGAUUCUCGGAAGAUCGAGCCAGGU